UUGUUAAAAAAGUUACAGAAUAAGCCUAUAUUUCCAAAUUGUCCCGGGUCAAAUGUGCAUGGCACAUGCGUGACUACAUACAGCCGUGGGUUUUUCUCACGAUCCAGUCACGCGCGCCACCGAAGGUCGAUACAUCUCGAAGUCGCGCGAGUACCACCGUUCGAUGCAGAUUUCCGCUUCUCCGUUGCUACCAGUCGCAAACGACGUAGCGGCAUAGACGGGGACAAUUUAUACGCGUGCAUUCCCGGCUCCGGUGAAAUCUGCAGUGGAUACGUGAGCCGGCAUCGAGAUAAUCUCUGACACAGUCGUGGCCGGCAGUUUCAGAUAAGCCAUUAUCUCGCAGAUAGAGAUUAUUCUGCGUGGAGAACCUGCGUCGAAUCAUCGCAGACCGAAAUGACGGAGACGGAGAAUAUCUUUUUAUUCGUGCCCAACAUCAUCGGUUUCGGCAGGGUGAUUCUGGCACUGAUCUCCUUUUAUUUUAUGCGUACCGACUAUAUCAUUGCUACGUGGUGCUAUGUAAUUAGUUCGUUGCUGGAUGCGAUAGACGGCCAUGCGGCUAGAUAUUACAACCAGAGCACCAAGUUUGGUGCAAUCUUGGAUCAACUGACAGAUAGGAUUGGCACGACGUGUCUUAUGGUUACAUUAUGCUUGUUCUAUCCUGCUUACACCUUCUGGUUCCAAUUGAGCAUAUCUAUUGACAUAGCCUGUCACUGGAUCUACUUGCAUACGACUCUUCUACAAGGAAAGACCAGUCACAAGUUCAUCGAUAUGUCUGAAAAUCCGAUUAUGAGAUUAUAUUAUACUAAUCGCAUAGUACUAUUCUUCAUGUGCGCUGGCAAUGAAGCAUUUUACGCUGGUCUGUACCUUUUGCAUUUUACCGAAGGACCAAUAUUUGCCGGUAUAAGUCUGUACAGACUAAUCGUGUACCUGAGCGCCCCGGUAGCGCUUGUCAAAGCCGCUAUUUCCUUAUUGCACGGAUAUGUAUCGUGCAUCAAUCUUAGCAUCAUUGACGUGAAGGAACGUCAAGAGCAGCUUAAAGUGCAUUAAAUCUCUUCGCGUAAUCUCAACGCGUUAUUUGCUAGUCAAAUUGAAUGUGAUUACAAAUCUACUUCCUAUUCUGUAAACUGGCGCACGCAUGUUUACAUACUUCCAUAUAUAUUUUUAAAAAGGACAGGAGGAUGUUUAAAGAUGCGUGGUCCAAAUCCUUCUCCAUUUAAAUUUACAAGUCAUUUACAAUAUUUGAUGAGUAGAAAAUAGUCCAAAGACAGUGGCCAAAUACUUUAUUCGUAUUAAAACAUAUUAGAACACAUGAAAACUACUUUUGCAAGAGAAAAGGAAUUUAUUUUUGAAGUACAAUCAAUAAUGUAAUAAUGACCAAGAUAUUUUAUCAUCAUUGUAGCAUUAUAUUUCGUAAUUUUCUUAUUAAGCAUUUAUCUUAUAGCAUUUGUUAUUACACAAAUAAUUAAUAAAUAUCCUAUUUUUAUUUAUCCUUAACAUGUAGAAAGUAUAAUUUCCAAUGUAUUAAUAAUCUGUUUUUAUAUUUUUUUAAGUAGCAAUAGUUUAGAGACCUAAUGUAUUCCUCGCAUGGUUAAUAUAUAUAGAGAUUAACUAACAUCACUGUAUCACGAUAUGUUGAGUAAAAUAUAAUUUCAAGAAUUUCUUUGUU